AUGAGAAAGGGCAAUAUGUUCGAAUUAAAUUUGGACAAAAUGGAGAUGACGAGCGUCGGCGUGGGAAACGAAACCGGAUAUUUCAUCCAGGAUCGUUGGAAUGCACUACUGGAUGUCAUUGGUGACGAUCCGGAGUUCCUGUAUGUUUGGGCGCUACCCACUUGGGUGCAUUCCUUCUAUUGGGUGGUGGGAUCAUUGUUCGUGAUAAUGGAUCUGACCGGAAGGCCGCACUUCAUCCGAAAGUACAAAACUCAACCGGGAACCAACGAACCUCUCAAGAGGGGUCAUCUGGCGAAAGUUGUCCUAAUGAUUUUGUUCAACCAGACCUUCUUGGGCUAUCCGGUGGCGUGGAUAGGAUUCCAUUUGGCUGACAAGACCGAUGCCCCGGAUAUGAGGAUACUUCCCAGUGGGUGGAUUGUGCUGCGGGAUAUCUGUGCCUGUGUCAUUGGCAUCGAACUUGGGUUCUACUACGUCCAUCGGUUUAUGCAUUUGAAGCCACUUUAUAAGCACUUCCACAAGAAGCACCACGAAUUUACAGCGCCAUUCGCCCUGGCGGCCAUGUACUGUCACCCGCUGGAACACAUCCUCAACAACAUGAUCCCGCCGAGUUUGGGCAUCAUGCUGAUGCGAAGCCAUCCGGCCACGGCUGCCCUCUGGUACCCGAUGAUGAUCAUCGAAACCAUCCGGGAUCAUUGCGGCUAUCAUCUGCCAUUUUUCUUCAGCCCCGAGCGGCACGAUUAUCAUCAUGCGAAGUUCACGGAGUGUUAUGGAACUUUCGGUAUCAUGGAUUGGAUUCACGGCACUGACCAGGGGUAUCGGAAGUCCAAACAGUAUCAACGGGAUCAGAUUCUGUGGACUACAAAGACUGCACGGGAACUAAUUCCCGAUAAAGAGUGAUCCAGUACCCUGAAAAUAAAACACCAGAAGAGAGAGAAUUUAAGAUUGACAACUACCUAUCGUUUCAAAUAGCUAGUUUUUUCUCGGAAAACUGUCAAAAUAUUGAAACAAUCUAUU